AUGACAACCUACAAAGCCUACCGCCGCAGCACAAACCCAGGCUUCCAAACCCUCAUCUCAGUAACCGAAACCAUCCCACCUCUCAAACCAACCGAAGUCCUCCUCCGCAUCCAUGCCGUCUCCCUCAACUACAGAGAUGUAGCAAUGAUGGACGGAAAGUAUCCCAUAGAAGUCAUCCCACACGGAAUCCCAGCCUCAGACUGCGCCGCCGAGGUCAUCGAAAUCGGGCCCGAAGUAAACCAGUUCAAGAUUGGCGAUCACGUUGCUCCGAUCUUCGAUCUAAACAAUCUUACCGCCACGGAGGAUGAGACGAGGACAUUGGGUGGUGAUGUCGACGGGGUAUUGAGACAAUGCGCUGUUUUCGAGCAAGAUGUCUUGCUACCUUUACCGGGGUAUUUAUCUUGGGAAGAAGCUGCGUGUAUCACCUGUGCCGGAACCACAGCCUGGAAAGCGCUCGACAUGCCCCGAUCUAGCGGCACAGCUCUCCUCCAAGGAACCGGCGGCGUAAGCAUCUUCGCCCUAAUCCUCUCCUUAGCCUCGGGCAUCCACCCAAUAAUCACAUCCUCUUCCGACAAUAAACUAUCCCACGCCCUAUCCAUCGGACCACCAGGCGCAAUCUCCACAAUCAACUACACCACCCAUCCAAACUGGGACGAAGAAGUGCACCGCCUAACAAACCGAGGUGUGGAUAUCGUCAUUGAAAACGUAGGCGUGACGACUAUAUCUCGAAGUCUAUCGAGUCUCGCUAGAAGGGGUCUUGUUUCUCUAGUUGGGUUCUUGGGCGGGUUUGAGGCUGCACAGGUUCCUAAUUUGAUGGGGCCUACUUUGGGGAAGAGUGCUACUAUUCGGGGGAUUUCAGUUGGAUCGAAGAUCGAUCAGAAGAAUCUGUGCGAUUUCUUGAGUGAGAGGGAGGUUUCACUGAAACCGCUUUUGGACAAGAGGGUGUUUUCGUUCGAAGAAAGCCAGGAUGCUUUUGAUUACCUGUAUGCUGCUAAGCAUACAGGGAAGGUUAUAAUUAGGAUGUGA